AUGGCGUGGUACUGUUCCGGAUCCACCAACACCGAACUCAUCGAGAACCUCUUCAAGGCUGAAUUGAUCAAAAAUCAGCGUGUCAAAGAGGCCAUGCUAGGUGUCGAUCGAGCCCACUACGCACCCUCCCGCCCAUACUCCGAUUCCCCCCAAUCCAUCGGCCACGGCGCCACCAUCUCUGCUCCACACAUGCACGGACACGCCUGCGAGUACCUCAUCGACCAUCUCCACCCGGGCGCCCGCGUUCUCGACAUCGGAUCAGGCUCGGGCUAUCUCACUCACGUUCUGGCCAAUCUGAUCACCAGUGGUCCAGGCUCGGAGCAGGAGAAGGAGCAGGGCCGAGUCAUUGGAAUCGACCAUAUUCCUGAACUGGUCGAGCUCGCCCGAUCCAACAUGAACAAGUCCAAGCAGGGCCAGCAUCUCCAACAAUCAGGACAAGUCAAGUUCAUCACUGCGGACGGACGACUGGGGUGGAAGGCUGAGGCGCCCUAUGAUGCGAUUCACGUGGGUGCGGCGGCGGAGGAGUUGCACCCCGUGCUGAUUGAGCAGUUGCGAGCACCGGGCAGAUUGUUCAUCCCCGUGGAGUCCAAGUCGGAGGGGGAUGGGACCAGUUUGAGUAGUUUGGGAAUAGGUGGUGGUGGACAGUACAUUUGGGUGGUGGAUAAGAAGGCGGAUGGAUCGGUGCAGAAGAGGAAAGUAUUUCAGGUGAGCUAUGUGCCGUUGACGGAUGCACCGCGAUAA